AUGGCUGCACUGUCGUUGAAAAGAGCAUAUAUGCAGAGAAACGCCUCUGCAACUCGCAUGCUAGAUGAAAUGUCACGUGCUAAAAGGCAGUGUUUGAAGAGGACGACGGAUUUUCUUGUUAAAAGAUUUGAGGCCCAAUCUGAUGAUGGGGACUCUGAUGAUGUCAAAGACUUCAAUAAUGAAGAUAACGGAUUUGGAACUUCACCUCUUGAUAUAAGGAAAUCCCUGAGGGCUCUUUCAGUUCCUAUGACAGAUUAUAAAAUGUCAAGGGCCGUCGCGCAGUACAGCGAUGACGAUGAAACAGAUCUAGAAGCUUCUAAGAAGCAUCGGAGGAAUUCUCGGAGAAGACGUUCGAACUCAAAAGAGCAUCGGGCACAUAGUUUCACCGAAAAUUCGGAUUGUCUAUCUACAGCCUCUCUGGAGUAUUCUAGCCGUGAUCUGAAUGUUCGCGGGUCGUCUUUUGAUGACAGUAUGAGGGAUGACAAGAAAUUGAAUCAUCGUAGAUCCUCAAGUUUUAUGAGUUGUUUGCCUACGAGUCCGCUUUCGUUCGAUACAUAUACUGUUCCUUCAUGCUCACAUGUGUCUGUUUGUCAUAACGGGAUUCCAAGUUCCGACUUUGAUGCCAGAUCUCGGUGCUUUGACUAUUUGGUUGGAGCUAUUGAUGAGGCGUGGGCUCGUUAUUGCGAUUCUACCUCGCACGACGAAGAAAUUGCAUAUGGCUUUGAAAAUGAGAAGAGUAUUGAUGAUUCCAGCGUGAGUCAUUCCUUCAUGCAAAUUCCACGACCUCAUGGCCAUAAUGAUCAGCUUAAGGGUAAAGUCAAUCCUGAUGACGGAUCGAUAUCGAGUGCAAAUUCGUCAGUUUGCUCUUCGGACGAGGGAAAUUUAACAUCGUCGACAUUUAUCACUGAUUAUGACAGUGAUAGCAACGCUCAAAGAUCAAGGCUAGCCAAUAAGGUGGCGGCAGCAGGACUGCAGAGCCAUUGUCGAGUUUCUGAGGUGCCGGAAAACAUGAGGCUCCAGAAAUUGAAGGAUAGGUUCAUUAAAGCAAAAUACUAUUUGCAAGAUUACGUUGAUUCCGAGGAACCAGAGGAUUGUUUCCUAUUUUGGAAGAAAUGGGAUCUCGUUAAAUAUUCUGCUAUCGAGUUAGUGGAAGAUACUGAUAAUGAUGAUAAAAUCGAAAAAGCUCUCGAAGAGUUGGAAGCUGGAAGAGAUGCCACUUCAUAUGAGAUGUGA